AUGAUUAUUAGACGAUCUAGAGGUAUAAUUUUAUUUGUCGGUAUACUACUACUUCAUUUUUCAAUUUUAUUUUAUAUAAAAUUACAACCAAUUAAAAAAUUUGUACUUGAAAAUGUUAAUAUACCUAAAAUGAGAUCAUAUAUUACUUCAACAACUAAAUCAAAUAAAGAUUAUUUAAAAUUUGAUUCAAAUUUAAUAAAUACAGUUCAAGAUUUUAAAUUAAAAUUUAAUGAUGAUAAUUCAAAAUUAAAUGAUAUUUUAAAAGAUAUUCAAUUUAAAGAUCAAAGUUUUGAUAUUAUAAAUAUACCAUUAAAAGAAAAUUUACCAUUUUUUCAACAAUAUGAUCCAAGAUUUACAUUUGGAUUAUUAUUGAAAUAUAUUAAUGAAAAUUUUGAAACUUUAAGUGAAAUUCCAACUUUUCAUUGGUCUGAUUAUACUGAUAUGUCAAUAUUAGAAGAAUAUCUUUUCAAUCCUACGAAAAAAGAAUGUAAAUUUUUUGAUGUUACUAAAAAAAAUCCAAAAACAAAUGAAAAAGAUGAUUUAUUUAAAACUAAUACUUAUUGUAUACAAGAUAAUGAAAUUGAAACAAUUUUAAAUAAUGAACAAAAUUAUGAUUCGAAUUUUAUUGAAAGAAUUAAAGAUAUAAAUGCAAAUAAAUUAGAUAAUCAAUUAACUACUGGGUUUCAUAUUUUUAGUUUUUCAGGUAGAAAUAAAAAAGCAUUAAGACCAAUUAUAGCAAGAUCUUAUCUUUAUGAUUUUAUGAGAAAUCCUUUAAGUUUAACUUUUUUAUUACCAAAUGAUAAAUCAAUUCAAUAUAAUAUAAAUCCAAAUAAUAGAAACAGUAUAAAAGAUACACAAGAAAUAUUUCAAGAUGGUGAGAUUAAUAUGAGAGAAGAAAUUCAGAAAUUAUCAAAUAAGUUAGAAUCAAGUUUUAAUACAUUACCCUAUGAGAAACAAUUACAACAUGAACAAUUUAUAGAUAAUACAGUUGAACGUAUCAAUAUGUUCAAUGCUAAAGAAUCAUUAAAUCAAACUGACCAAAACUAUUUGAAUUCAUUAAAACAUUCAAUUCAAGAAACCAAUCCACCAAAAUAUUUUAGAGAAGCAAAUAUAAUUAAAAAGGAAUCAAAUUAUGGAAUUGGAGGUCAUUAUGAUUGGAGAUUUGUAAAUGGGAUAAUAAAUGGUACACCAAAACAAGAAAUUAGUAUUCAUGGAUUAGUUAAAGCAUUUUUAAAAUUAACAAAUCAAUAUAAUUUAAAUACUUGGGUUGCUCAUGGUUCAUUAUUAUCUUGGUAUUGGAAUGGUUUACAAUUUCCAUGGGAUGGUGAUGUUGAUGUACAAAUGCCAAUUGAUGAUUUGCAUAAAUUAUCACAAUUAUUUAAUCAAACUGUUGUUGUUGAUUUUGGUAAUGAUCCUGAAAAAGAAAUUAGAUAUGGUAGAUAUUUCUUAGAUUCUUCUUCCAUUAUAUCACAACGUGUUAGAGGUAAUGGUAAUAAUAAUAUUGAUGCAAGAUUUAUUGAUUUAGAUACUGGACUUUAUAUUGAUAUUACAGGUUUAGCAAUAAGUGAUACUCAUGCACCAGUAAGAUAUAAUUCAUUAUUGGCAAAUACACCAUAUGAUAGAAGUUUAAAAGAUCAAACAAUAUCUCAAUCACAAAGGAAUGUAUUUUUACAAGUUUAUAAUUGUCGUAAUGUUCAUUUUACCAGAUUAGAAGAUUUAUCACCUUUAAAACUAAGUUUAGUUGAAGGAGAAUAUGGUUAUAUUCCAUCAAAUUUUGAAAAAAAUUUAUUAGCAGAAUAUGGAGAUAAAUCAUUAAAUGAAAUAAGUUAUAGAAGUUUUUUGUAUAUUCCAAGAUUAAGACUUUGGUUAAAUAAAGAUAAUGUUGUUGAUUUUAUAUCUAAUGGAAAUAAAGAAGAAGCUGAUAAAUUAAAGAAAGAUCUGAAACUGAUUAUUUUAAACUUGAAAGAUGAUCAAAUUAUUGAAUACUUGUACAAAAAUUUAAAUCAAUUUAAAAAUUUUUUAUUAACUAAUAAUUUAACAAGAAUACAUCAAAAUGAAUUAAAUGAUUUAUUUUAUCAAAAAUCAACAAAAUCAUUAUUUUAUGAUUUUGAAUCAAAUGAAGAAAAUUUAAAACCAAAUUUAAGAACUACAUUAAGACAUGAUUAUUUUUCAACUGAAUCAAAAGCUAAAGAAUACAAUUUUGAAAAAGAAAUAGAAAGAUUAAAAUUAUUAAAAUAUAAUUACGAUCAACAAAUUAUAAAUUUAGAAAAAUUUCAAAAAUCUUUAUUAGAGUCAACACCUGAUUCACCAACAGAAGAUAUAGAUGGGGUUGUAUUAAAUGCCGAUGGUAAACCUUUUAUUCAACAACAACUGCAACAACCACCGAAAAAGUUAUAG